GUAGAUGAAUGGAGUUGAUCAAGAUAUUGAUGAUGAGGCUAGCAAAAGGAGGAAAAGGCUUGCACGGUUGGCAUCUUUGGCAUAUCAAGUUGCAUGUAUGGGCCAGAUAGGUAAUCACUACACAGUGACUAAUUUGACAAGACAGCCUUAUAGGAUUCCUCAACAGACUGGGUAUGAGUGGGUUAUGGAGUGUCUUGGGCGCAAAAGGAGUUGCUAUAAGAUGUUUAGGAUGAACCGAGAUGUAUUUAACUUAUUGCAUAAUGUCCUAGUGUCUCAUUAUGGAUUGGAGUCCUCUAGAGAAGUGACAUCAGUGGAGUCAUUAGCUAUGUUCUUGUGGGUAGUUGGUGGUCCACAAUCCUUCUCUCAAGUUGAGAACCGGUUUGCAAGAUCAACUGAAACGAUUCAUAGGAAGUUCAAAGAAGUAUUGAAUUGCUUGUGCAAGUUGGCUUGCCAUAACAUAACACCUCGAGAUCCUUCUUUCAAUACCGUGCAUGCAAGAAUUAAGGAAGAGCCGUUUUGGCCUCAUUUCAAAGAUGCAAUAGGGGCAAUAGAUGGCUGCCAUGUCCCUGUUGAAGUACCAGCAGAUGAAGUUGUGAACCACACAGGUCGGCAUGGGUUCCCAUCUCAGAACGUGAUGGCUGUUUGUGACUUCGAUAUGCGGUUUACUUUUGCUGUGGCUGGUUGGCCUGGGUCUGCUCAUGACACGCGGAUCUUAAAUGACACCUUGGCAAAGUAUGCACAUCGAUUUCCUAAGCCCCCUGCAGGCAAAUAUUACCUCGUCGAUUCGGGUUAUUCAAACCGCGAUGGCUAUCUUGCUCCUUACAAAGGCCAAAUAUACCAUCUACCGGAAUUUCGCAAUGGAAGAAAACCGGUUGGGAAGCACGAGGUCUUCAACUAUGCCCACGCUCGAGGGAGAAACGUCAUUGAACGUGGGUUUGGAGUUCUCAAGGCUAAAUGGCGCACGUUAAAGGGUAUGCCCAGUUUCAAGCCUCGUAGGCAAAAGAAGAUUAUUAUUGCUUGUAUGUCGUUGCACAAUUACAUUCGUGAAACGAAGCUGCCUGAUGAGGAGUUUGACAAAUGUGAUGAAGAUGAGGACUAUAUUCCUGGAGGAGAAGAACAGCUUCAAGGAGAUAAUAUUCCAGUGAGACGUGAUGCUGGUUAUAUGAACUCAAUCCGUGAUACAAUUGCUGACUCCUUGUGGAGCUCAAUGGGAGAAUGA